AUGAUUGUUUCAUCAUCCGAGUGCAUCAUCUGGUUUACCGUAUUCACCGCCGAGUUUGUUGCUAUAGUAACGGUGAACCUCCUUUCCAUCCUUCUUUUUAUAAAGAACAGAAGCCUUCGCACUCGCAGCAUGUACUUGGUUAUAAGCUUAACCGUGGCUGACGUGUUGGUUGGAGGUCUUUCCGGGAGUGUCAGUCAGUUGGAUUUGCUGCGCAAUUGUCACUUCGUAAAUUUUGCUUUAGUAUACCUGAAAGUUAUAAUUUUGUUACGCAGUCUUUUGCUUUUCUUUCCCUUUGUCUCCCUGACAAACAUCGCUGCAAUUUCUUUAGAGCGAUUUCACGCCACGUUUCGUCCAUUUAGGCAUCGACUUAUCAAGAGUUGGGUCUACGUGGUGGCAAUUGUUAUUGUCUGGGCUUUUCCUGUUAUUACAUUAGUCAUUCGGGAGAUAGAAUGGUUUCUGAUUAGACAUCACCUGUACUUGUGGGAAUCACACAGUUGUUUAUGUUUAAUUGUUACCUUUGUUUCUUACGCUUCCAUUUUCUUAAAGUUUCGUUUUGGAGCUCAUCCUCGCCACCAUUGUGCAGCAGCUUUAAGACAAAGAAAACUGACUGUCACAUUGUUUAUAACAACUUUAGUAUCUUUAUUGUUGUGGCUACCAUACAAUAUAUAUCUUGUUGUUGUCUGGUUAACUGAUAUUUGUAAUUACCGUAUUACUUAUCCAGAAGGUUUAAGUUUCGGUUUUUCAUUGCGUUUUUUGCUUUAUUCAAACUCUCUUGUAAAUCCCAUUUUAUACACAAUCAGGAUGCCGGACUUUAAGAAAGCUCUGCUCUCAUUUUUUAGA